GUAUAUAAUUACGCACUCUCUACUGUGCCUGCAAUAAACAUCGAUCCCAUACUCGUUGCGGCUUUCUCUCUCACUUCACAGCUUCAGGUUUCAAAGCGCUGCCUACUUUUCCUGCUCCUGUUUAUCUCUGCCUCCACUUCUUAAUCUCAGUAAAGAAUUCCGAUCAGGCUUUGGAUCUUGGAAUCCUGUGUGUUGCUAUUUGUUUUUGAAGAUUUAUAUUUAUUGUUUGUUUUGUAUUUGAUUAGAUUUACGAUUUUUGCCUGAUGUUUGUGUUUUUGUCUCUUUGUCGUUUACCCGUAUGAUCUAUCGGAUUGCGAUGUGUUUGGUUCUGGAAUUCGACCUUUUUCUUCUUCUUUUGGACUCAUUAUUGAUUGUUGAUAGAUCGAGCUGAUUUUGAUUACCAUAUCUAUGCAGAAUUGUAGGAGUUUUUCUCAGGUUGUGAAUUGAGUUUUUGUCGCCUUAAUGCCUGAUUUACUGAUGACUGUGUAAUUAGAGGCUAUUUUAAAUGAAUUAGUGUAAACUGUAAAGCAUUGGAGAGUUUGUGGUGUGAAUUAUUGGCAAUAGAGUUGACAUUUGAAGGUUUUUAAAUUUUUGGAAGUUUGGAACCUUUGAGUCUUUGACAUGUGUUUAGAUUGUAAGCUGUACAAACUUAACAGUCUUGUUGUGUGUUUGGUUUUCCAUGAAAGUAGGACUCUUGUGUAUGGUAGGAAAAAGAUGCCUUUUGAGAUUGGAUUAGCUAAUCAUCUUGUAAUGGAGCCUCGAGUAAAGGGCAUCGCACUAUUUGCUCGCUCUUCUCAUAUGCUCCAAACAUCUAAUGCUUCGUUGCAGUAAAAUGGAUGACCAAAUAUGGCUUCUGCCAUACUUCCCACCGUUUCCAUCUUUGUAAGUGUGCCUCGAUGCCAAACCACAAGUGCCUUCAUUAAGAUCCCAUCCUCUUUGGGUUCUCUACAGAGCACCUCUAGAAUCUUUGGCCUGAAGGCAAAGCCCGACUACAAAGCAACCGCCAUGGCUGUGUACAAUGUGAAAUUGGUUGGACCAGACAGUGCUGAGUGCGAGUUUGAGGCACCUGAUGAUUGCUACAUCCUUGACUCUGCUGAGUCAGCUGGAGUUGAACUCCCCUGCUCGUGCAGGGCCGGAGCAUGCUCCACCUGUGCUGGGAAAAUUGUGUCGGGGGCUGUUGACCAGUCCGAUGGCUCGUUUCUUGACGACAAACAGAUUCAGGAUGGCUACCUGCUGACCUGCGUUUCCUACCCGACUUCAGACUGUGUGAUUCACACACACAAGGAAAGUGAUCUGUAUUGAUAAUUAUCAUCUCUUUUAUAUCAAGACAUUUAAAAAAGAAACUAUGCUCUCUGGCUGUAGUGUUGAAUAUCCAAUCGUGCUUUGUCAAUCAA